GUCAGUAAAACCGAGAGAGGCACCCACGUCAGGACCAGCCGUGGCUCUGGGGUCCACCCUCCCGGGGCUCCAUGCCAGGCAGACCGAGCAUGCGAGUCACACUUGCUUUGACAGUUUGGAUCGUUUCUGUAGUUCCCAGUCACGCAUAUACAGCAAGCAGUUUGCCGGAUAUCGAAAAUGAAGAUUUCAUCAAAGACUGUGUUCGGGUUCAUAACAAGUUCCGAUCAGAGGUGAAUCCGACAGCCAGUGCUAUGCUAUACAUGACGUGGGACCCAGCACUAGCCCGAAUUGCAAAAGCAUGGGCAAAAAACUGUCAGUUUGCACACAACGGACAGCUGCAGUCGAACAAGCUGCACCCGAAUUUCACUUUCGUGGGAGAAAAUAUCUGGACUGGGUCUGUAUCCAUAUUCUCUGUGUCUUCAGCCAUUACCAAAUGGCACAGUGAAAUUCAGGACUAUGACUUCGAGACUCAGAAAUGCACCAAGGUCUGUGGCCAUUACACUCAGGUUGUCUGGGCAGACAGUUAUAAAGUUGGCUGUGCAGUACAAUAUUGCCCCACAGUUUAUGGCAUUAACAGCUUAACCAAUGUAGCGCAUUUCAUAUGCAACUACGGACCAGGACAAAGCUUUCAAAGGCCAUACAGAAGAGGAUCUACUUGCAGUGCCUGCCCCAGUGAUGACAAAUGUUUGGACAACCUCUGCACUAACCCAAAGCGAGACAAAGUCACAGGUUACUACUCUAUUGUGCAUCCUGACUGGCCAGUAUUUUCACGCAACAGAUACCUAUCUCUCUUUCUCACUGUUAGUCCACCAAUCCUAAUACUGAGUGCUAUAAUGAUCAUUUGGGUCAAGCACAAAUACCCUCAUUUAGUUCUUUCAAACUAAUAGAAUCCACAAAAAAACCCACAAUUCAUUCAGAUAUGUGUUUUUUAAAAAAUUAACAGGUGUAUUUUUUAAUUCUAAUUUUAAAACAUUUCAGAAAAAAAUACGUUGCAGUAAACCCUUAAUAAAAAAACUGUUCAACUUCCUAUCUCUAGAAUAAACUCAUUUUUACUUU